AUGGCUCAGGAUUUAAGAUAUAAAGGAUGGGAGACAAACGAGCACGUUACAUUCUUUAGAAUAGUCACCGUUGAAAGACCAAAUCAAAAAAUGAAACUGUUGGUUGUUUUGUGCCUUGUGGCCGUUGCGAUAGCGGCACCUCCUCCAGCUACCUACAACAAUAACAAUGCCGAUAUUCUCCGCUACGAAAAUGACAACAUUGGUCUCGGCAACUACAGAUACGUUGUCGUACAAUCCGAUGGCACAAAACAAGGGCAGCUAGGAGAACUCCGUAAUGAAGGACGCGAAAACGAAUCAAUCGCUGUACAAGGUUUCUACUCCUGGUUUGCCCCUAAUGGCGUAGAGUACAGAGUUGUAUACACAGCUGAUGAAGAAGGUUUCAAACCAGAAGUCGAAGAAGCCCCUGGUGGACCUCCCCCAGCAGUCGUAGCUUCCCUCCUCGGUUAA